UAUUCCUGGCAGGUGUUGCAUAACCGCCAUAUCGCACAGAGAGCGGGUGGGCGAUGUUUCGCGCACAGUAUAGAUCAGUAUAGCACAGUAAGGUUCUGUGAAGAUUCUCUGAUUCUACUCUAUGGCAUCACUUGGCCUUAGCAAAAGCAUGUCCAGCGAUUACACCUGAAUGGCCUACUACUACCGUGAUCGCGUCAGCCCCUUCAGGGCGCCAGAGGCGUGUCAGAUCCUCAACUCCCCAGACCUGACGCGCGUGAUCCGCACCGCUCCACGGGCCGUCAGUGGGGGUGAGGUCUAUGUGUAUUGCAUAGAGGAGGGAACGGACCCAGAGGGAUGGAAGGAUGACAACAUACACUUCCAACAUGAUGGAACAAGUAAACAGCCCCAAAAGAACCCUACAAUCCAAAAAACAUUUUUCCAAGCCAAAUUCAGUGACACAGAAUUUUCCCGAGAUUUCAUAAAGCAUGUGUAUGUCCUGCAUCCCAAUCCAAAUCAGUUUGUCUUGAUACACUAUCUAGGCAAUGCAUCCAUAUCCAAAGAGCCACCAUGGCCAAGAAGAGCCAGCAAGUCCACUCUGGUCAAGCAAGGCCAUUCUUCUACAGGCUGUGCCCCAGGGACAUCAGGGUCAGUCAGUGACGGUGCUGGAGAGUGUCACAGCUCCUUUGACAUCAAUGUGGGUGAAGAUGAUGACUGUCCUGUUCCACCAAAGAAACAAAAACUGCAAGGUAAACGAACUGAAUUAAAACGUAAAGUUGAAGCUAUCCUAGCUGACUUUGUCAAUCCUACACUAUGGGAAGAUGACAGAGAUUUGAGAAAUAAAGGCACACAGAGCAGCAGAAGUGUCUCUGACCAGAUAGAAGAUCUGGUGACCUCGGGGCAGUUUGCCUCCAUUGUGGAUAGACUUCUGUGCGAUGGAAGUUGGCAGGUGAGACGAGAAGUGCGCUCCAGCACCAACCCAUGCCUGUCUCUCUCGGAGCAAGUCAUGCAGCUGUGGCCAGAGGAUGUCCAGGAUGCACGAGCCAGGCUGCAAGACUUGGAGGUGGUGUGCCUGCCUCAGUUUGAGGAGCUCCAACAGGAGACUCUGAUGGCGCUUCUGUCGGCUGUGGUUGUAGGGGCACACAGAACAGACACACCAACCCUCAGCUUCAUGUUCACCCUACAGCAAUGGCCCGGCCACUUAGACCAGUCAGAGAUUGAAGAGGUGGAGGUGGAUGUCACAGCCGUGUACAGGGUCGGCGACAUGACCAUAGCAGGCAGCAGUCUUGCCACAUUGCAGGGGAGGAAAUGGCUGGAUGACGAUGUGAUAGCGUGUUACCUAUGCCUGCUGCGUGAGGGUUGUCAGCUGCGACACCACUGCUAUGUGUUACCCUGCAAGCUGGCCGCACUGUGGGAGAGGAAACAGUUCAGGCAGUGGAUGUAUGAAGAUGUGGAUCUGACUGUGUUCACCUGGCUCCUGAUGCCAGUGUGUGUGGCAGACAGUCACUGGAUGCUUCUUGUUGCCAAUGUCAGGGAAAGGACAGUGGGUGUCAUCGAUUCAAGACCGUCAGAUCAAACAUCCAAGUAUAUUUCACACUGGAGACAGUACAUGGCAGUGAGGAGUGAGGAGACCGGACAGAUUUUGACAAGAUGGAGGGCGAGGCAGUACAAGACACUUCCACAGACAGACACUGACAGCUGUGGAGUCCAUGUCCUGAUGGCUGCUGAGACACUUCUGAAGGGCCAGCCCCCGUGUGUGAUGAGGAACUGUCACGCGAGGAGAUUCCGGUGCUACGCUCUACACAGACUACUGUCUCAUGCCCACAUGCAGGCUCUCAACACAGGGGGUACAGACUCCCCACAGAUUGUCUGCAUGGACUCUCCACACAUGACAGGUCCUCAGUGUACUUCCAGUAGACCUUCCAGUCAGGCAGCAGCAUCAACAGCCCUCACUCCAUUGUCAACCGUCUGUCGCCACCUCUACAGCAACAACAAGAUCUUAUUUGCUGCUCUUCUGCUGCUGGCCAUGCAGGGUGGGGAGAUGGAAGCAAGGCUCUGGAGCUUUCCCAGGAGAAGAUAUUUUGGUAAUGAUUAUAAUGAUAGGAGGAGAUGGGAGCAGUGGGACUGGGGACUGCAGAUGAGUGGAGUGGAGGACCUCUCGAGGGCAUACUCUUAUAAUGAUAUCAGUCAGUGCAGGGACAUUCUAGAAUGUAAAUUAUUAAGGUCUGAUCUGUAUGUCCAGUGCAAGCAGGAGCUGUUUCUGACUUUAAAUACAAUACUUGAAGAACAAACAGAACACAUCAUCAACACAUUACCAUUGCAGUUUGUCUAUCAGCAUGUGCAUGUUCAACAACCUACAACCACCAGGACACUGUAUGUGUUGAUCCGUCCAUGUCACUACCCGCUGCUGGCGAGGAGAUUUGCUGCAGCAGUAGCAGCCCGGAGAUACGCCCGUGUGUUCCGUCACCCAGCAUGUAAUGAACAAGAGUUUGUCCAGCAUCUUGCUGCAGAGGUGAAGGAGCUGACAUCAGCUGACAGACAUAUGAUCCACAGCUCCACUGACACUGAUGUUGGAGGCCCCUUUCUGUCCUGGCUGUGCUCCAGCAGGGAGAGAUUCCUCUAUGACAGUUUCUCUACACAGGACACCUCCUCUCUACAGGACUGUACACUGGAGGUGAAGGUCAGGUCAGCCCUUGCCUGCUGCCGGUCAGGUAAUGUCCGGGUCCUGAAACAGCUGGUAUGUGAUGCGAAUGUGGACAUUGUAAGUGGACAGGUGACUGACAAGUCUGGGUCUACACCUCUACAUGAAGCAUCCUGGAGUGAGGCAGUGGUGAGAUUACUACUGGACAAGAAUGCUGAUGUAUCAGUGACUGACAAGUCUGGGUCUACACCUCUACAUAAAGCAUGUGAGAGUGGGAGUGAGGCAGUGGUGAGAUUACUACUGGAGAAGAAUGCUGAUGUAUCAGUGACUGACAAGUCUGGGUCUACACCUCUACAUAAAGCAUGUGAGAGUGGGAGUGAGGCAGUGGUGAGAUUACUACUGGAGAAGAAUGCUGAUGUAUCAGUGACUGACAAGUCUGGGUCUACACCUCUACAUACAGCAUGUGGGAGUGGGAGUGAGGCAUUGGUGAGAUUACUACUGGAGAAGAAUGCUGAUGUAUCAGUGACUGACAAGUCUGGGUCUACACCUCUACAUACAGCAUGUGGGAGUGGGAGUGAGUUAGUGGUGAGAUUACUACUGGAGAAGAAUGCUGAUGUAUCAGUGACUGACAUGUCUGGGUCUACACCUCUACUUAAAGCAUGUGGGAGUGGGAGUGAGUCAGUGGUGAGAUUACUACUGGAGAAGAAUGCUGAUGUAUCAGUGGCUGAUUGCUCGGGGUCUACACCUCUAUUUAAAGCAUGUGGUAGUGGGAGUGAGUCAGUGGUGAGAUUACUACUGGAGAAGAAUGCUGAUGUAUCAGUGACUGACAUGUCUGGGUCUACACUUCUACAUAAAGCAUGUGGGAGUGGGAGUGAGUCAGUGGUGAGAUUACUACUGGAGAAGAAUGCUGAUGUAUCAGUGACUGACAUGUAUGGGUCUACACUUCUACAUAAAGCAUGUGGGAGUGGGAGUGAGUCAGUGGUGAGAUUACUACUGGACAAGAAUGCUGAUGUAUCAGUGGCUGAUGAUAAUGGGUCUACACCUCUACAUAAAGCAUGUGAGAGUGGGAGUGAGGCAGUGGUGAGAUUACUACUGGAGAAGAAUGCUGAUGUAUCAGUGACUGACAAGUCUGGGUCUACACCUCUACAUAAAGCAUGUGGGAGUGGGAGUGAGUCAGUGGUGAGAUUACUACUGGAGAAGAAUGCUGAUGUAUCAGUGACUGACAUGUCUGGGUCUACACCUCUACAUAAAGCAUGUGAGAGUGGGAGUGAGGCAGUGGUGAGAUUACUACUGGAGAAGAAUGCUGAUGUAUCAGUGACUGACAAGUCUGGGUCUACACCUCUACAUACAGCAUGUGGGAGUGGGAGUGAGGCAUUGGUGAGAUUACUACUGGAGAAGAAUGCUGAUGUAUCAGUGACUGACAAGUCUGGGUCUACACCUCUACAUACAGCAUGUGGGAGUGGGAGUGAGUCAGUGGUGAGAUUACUACUGGAGAAGAAUGCUGAUGUAUCAGUGACUGACAUGUCUGGGUCUACACCUCUACUUAAAGCAUGUGGGAGUGGGAGUGAGUCAGUGGUGAGAUUACUACUGGAGAAGAAUGCUGAUGUAUCAGUGGCUGAUUGCUCGGGGUCUACACCUCUAUUUAAAGCAUGUGGGAGUGGGAGUGAGUCAGUGGUGAGAUUACUACUGGAGAAGAAUGCUGAUGUAUCAGUGACUGACAUGUCUGGGUCUACACUUCUACAUAAAGCAUGUUGGAGUGGGAGUGAGUCAGUGGUGAGAUUACUACUGGAGAAGAAUGCUGAUGUAUCAGUGACUGACAUGUAUGGGUCUACACUUCUACAUAAAGCAUGUGGGAGUGGGAGUGAGUCAGUGGUGAGAUUACUACUGGAGAAGAAUGCUGAUGUAUCAGUGGCUGAUGAUAAUGGGUCUACACCUCUACAUAAAGCAUGUGAGAGUGGGAGUGAGUCAGUGGUGAGAUUACUACUGGAGAAGAAUGCUGAUGUAUCAGUGACUGACAAGUCUGGGUCUACACCUCUACAUAAAGCAUGUGGGAGUGGGAGUGAGUCAGUGGUGAGAUUACUACUGGAGAAGAAUGCUGAUGUAUCAGUGACUGACAAGUCUAGGUCUACACCUCUACAAAAAGCAUGUGGGAAUGGGAGUGAGGCAUUGGUGAGAUUACUACUGGACAAGAAUGCUGAUGUAUCAGUGACUGACAAGUUACAGGGGUCUACACCUCUACAUAGAGCAUGUUGGAGUGGGAGUGAGGCAGUGGUGAGAUUACUACUGGAGAAGAAUGCUGAUGUAUCAGUGACUGACAAGUCUGGGUCUACACCUCUACAUACAGCAUGUGGGAGUGGGAGUGAGUCAGUGGUGAGAUUACUACUGGAGAAGAAUGCUGAUGUAUCAGUGACUGACAAGUCUGGGUCUACACCUCUACAUAAAGUAUGUGGGAGUGGGAGUGAGUCAGUGGUGAGAUUACUACUGGACAAGAAUGCUGAUGUAUCAGUGGCUGAUGAUGAUGGGUCUACACCUCUACAUAAAGCAUGUGGGAAUGGGAGUGAGGCAGUGGUGAGAUUACUACUGGAGAAGAAUGCUGAUGUAUCAGUGACUGACAAGUCUGGGUCUACACCUCUAUUUAAAGCAUGUGGGAGUGGGAGUGAGUCAGUGGUGAGAUUACUACUGGAGAAGAAUGCUGAUGUAUCAGUGACUGACAUGUCUGGGUCUACAUCUCUACAUAAAGCAUGUGGGAAUGGGAGUGAGGCAGUGGUGAGAUUACUACUGGAGAAGAAUGCUGAUGUAUCAGUGACUGACAUGUCUGGGUCUACAUCUCUACAUAAAGCAUGUGGGAAUGGGAGUGAGGCAGUGGUGAGAUUACUACUGGAGGAGAAUGCUGAUGUAUCAGUGACUGACAAGUCUGGGUCUACACCUCUACAAAAAGCAUUUGGGAAUGGGAGUGAGGCAGUGGUGAGAUUACUACUGGAGAAGAAUGCUGAUGUAUCAGUGACUGAUGAUAAUGGGUCUACACCUCUACAUACAGCAUGUGGGAGUGGGAGUGAGGCAUUGGUGAGAUUACUACUGGAGAAGAAUGCUGAUGUAUCAGUGACUGACAAGUCUGGGUCUACACCUCUACAAAAAGCAUUUGGGAAUGGGAGUGAGGCAGUGGUGAGAUUACUACUGGACAAGAAUGCUGAUGUAUCAGUGACUGAUGAUAAUGGGUCUACACCUCUACAUACAGCAUGUGGGAGUGGGAGUGAGGCAUUGGUGAGAUUACUACUGGAGAAGAAUGCUGAUGUAACAGUGACUGACAAGUCUGGGUCUACACCUCUACAUAAAGCAUGUUGGAGUGAGAAUGAGUCAGUGGUGAGAUUACUACUGGGGAAGAAUGCUGAUGUAUCAGUGACUGACAAGUCUGGGUCCACACCUCUACAUAAAGCAUGUGGGAAUGACAGUGAGAGUGAGGCAGUGGUGAGAUUACUACUGGAGAAGAAUGCUGAUGUAUCAGUGGCUAAUGAUUAUGGGUCUACACCUCUACAUGAGGCAUGUGAGAGUGACAGAGAGAGUGAGUCAGUGGUGAGAUUACUACUGGAGAAGAAUGCUGAUGUAUCAGUGGCUAAUGAUUAUGGGUUAACACCUCUACAUAAAGCAUGUUGGACUGGGAGUGAGGCAAUGGUGAGAUUACUACUGGAGAAGAAUGCUGAUGUAUCAGUGACUAAUUAUAAUGGGUCUACACCUCUACAUACAGCAUGUGGGAAUGAUGAGGCAGUGGUGAGAUUACUACUGGAGAAGAAUGCUGAUGUAUCAGUGACUGACAAGUCUGGGUCUACACCUCUACAUAAAGCAUGUGAGAGUUGGAGUGAAGAAGUGGUGAGAUUACUACUGGAGAAGAAUGCUGAUGUAUCAGUGACUGACAAGUCUGGGUCUACACCUCUACAUAAAGCAUGUGAGAGUGAGAGUGAAGAAAUGGUGAGAUUACUACUUGAGAAGAAUGCUGAUGUAUCAGUGACUGACAAGUCUGGGUCUACACCUCUACAUAAAGCAUGUGGGAGUGGGAGUGAGUCAGUGGUGAGAUUACUACUGGAGAAGAAUGCUGAUGUAUCAGUGGCUGAUGAUGAUGGGUCUACACCUCUACUUAAAGCAUGUUGGAGUGGGAGUGAGUCAGUGGUGAGAUUACUACUGGAGAAGAAUGCUGAUGUAUCAGUGGCUGAUGAUGAUGGGUCUACACCUCUACAUAAAGCAUGUUGGAGUGGGAGUGAGUCAGUGGUGAGAUUACUACUGGACAAGAAUGCUGAUGUAUCAGUGACUGAUGAUAAUGGGUCUACACCUCUACAUAAAGCAUGUGGGCGUUUGAUUGGGAGUGAGGCAGUGGUGAGAUUACUACUGGAGAAUGGUGCAGAUCCAGAUGCAGUUGACAACCACGGCCUGACACCAGACAGGACAGUUUGCUCUGCAGCAAUAAGGAAAAUUGUCUCUACAGCUAGAAGACAUCGAGCUGUGAGGACAGAUGCUCCUGGAUGGUGUGAUAUCCGAUCAAGUCAGCAGACUGGAACACCAGAGACUCUCUACCAGCAAUCUCAACUCAUGACACAGUCAGGUGGAUCUCAGCUCAUGACACAGUCAGUUGGAUCUCAGCUCAUGACACAGUCAUUUGGAUCUCAGCUCAUGACACAGCCAGGUGUACCUCAGCUCAUGACACAGGCAUUUGGAUCUCAGCUCAUGACACAGUCAGUUGGAUCUCAGCUCAUGACACAGUCAGGUGGAUCUCAGCUCAUGACACAGUCAGGUGGAUCUCAGCUCAUGACACAGUCAGUUGGAUCUCAGCUCAUGACACAGUCAGUUGGAUCUCAGCUCAUGACACAGCCACGUGUACCUCAGCGCAAGGCACAGUCAGGUGGAUCUCAGCUCAUGACACAGUCAGGUGGAUCUCAGCUCCUGACACAGUCAGGUGGAUCUCAGCUCAUGACACAGUCAGGUGGAUCUCAGCUCAUGACACAAUCAGGUGGAUCUCAGCUCAUGACACAGUCAGGUGGAUCUCAGCUCAUGACACAGCCAGGUGUACCUCAGCGCAAGGCACAGUCAGGUGGAGCUCAGCUUGUGGGACAGUUGGGGCACACUCAACUCACCCCCCACCUGGGUGGACCUCAAGUGAUAGGACACUUGGAACACACUCAGCUCACAACACAGUCCGGUGGAUCUCAUAUUGAAGGGCAGUUUGGUCACACUCAGGUCACUCAGGUGGGGCACACUGAGGUCACUCAGUUAAACGUUCAUCAAGAUUCACCAAUUUUCAUGCCAGAUACAUCCUGGCUUCCAACCAAUGCAGACAUAGCCCCAAGAUCUUCCUCAGUGUCUAGACAAGUAGGGACAUCUCAGAGCUUGAUGUCAGCCCAAGGUGCACCUCAGAGCUUGAUGUCAGCCCAAGGUGCACCUCAGAGCUUGAUGUCAGCCCAAGGUGCACCUCAGAGCUUGAUGUCAGCCCAAGGUACCCGUGCACUUCAGGGCAGUAUAAUAUCAUUUAGGGGUAGUGACUAUACUGCACAAACAGCAACACUACCUAUGAAGGUUGCACCUGAUGGCAUGAUCUCUUCCUCAGAUGAUCCAAGUUUAAAUCAAAACAAUCUACCUGCACUCAACACUGAUCCUUUCAUCCUAUCUCCGAAUAUGCUUUUAAGAUUGAACAACAACCAGCACUUCGGGCACACUCCUGCAAAUGAGGCCACUACAACUGUGACAGCCACUGAACAAAGCAUAAUGCCAAGCAUUUCUGGUAACCAACCUAUACCACAACCACCUGUGAGCACCCCCAAUGAGGGACAUGGUCUGGUGCCAAGCAACACCCAGGACUAUUAUCCUUCUGUCUCCAUGUCCAGCACAGCAAUGUCUCCACAAGGGGCACCACCCAUUUACAGUCAUACAAAUUCACAAAGCUUCCUGCUUCCAAAUGUACGAUUCAGAUUCUAGUUGAUGUUGAUGUUUAGAAACAGAGUACUGCAAGUCUAAACAGUCAGCCACUACAAAGAGUAUGAAUAAACAAUAUCUUGCUGAGAUACAAAAUGUAAAAAAUCGGUGACACUGCACAAGAAGUAGUAUUCUAUAAUUGUCUACCAUUACUGAACUUACAGGGAAGAUCAUCUAAUGACUACUUCCUCAAGCACCUGUUACUGGAUCUGUACACUUUUAACUACUUGCCUCCUGCUUGGCAACAGAAUGUAGCAGCACCCCUUCUCAUAAAAAAACAGAUACCGGUAUCAGAUACAAGGUUCCAAUAUCCUUUCUAAAGGCAUUAGAGUUGAAGCCAAGACCCUUUCCUGAAGGCAGUGGAGUAUCUGCCAAGACCCUUUCCUGAAGGCAGUGGAGUUGAUGCCAAGACCCAUUCCUGAAGGAAGGGGAGUAGCUGCCAAGACCCUUUCCCCCAAGGCAGUGGAGUAGCUGCCAAGACCCAUUCCUGAAGGCAGUGGAGUAGCUGCCAAGACCCUUUCCUGGAGGCCGUGGAGUAGCUGCCAAGACCCAUUCCUGAAGGCAGUGGAGUAUCUGCCAAGACCCUUUCCUGAAGGCAGUGGAGUUGAUGCCAAGACCCAUUCCUGAAGGAAGGGGAGUAGCUGCCAAGACCCUUUCCCCCAAGGCAGUGGAGUAGCUGCCAAGACCCAUUCCUGAAGGCAGUGGAGUAGCUGCCAAGACCCUUUCCUGGAGGCCGUGGAGUAGCUGCCAAGACCCAUUCCUGAAGGCAGUGGAGUAUCUGCCAAGACCCUUUCCUGAAGGCAGUGGAGUUGAUGCCAAGACCCAUUCCUGAAGGAAGGGGAGUAGCUGCCAAGACCCUUUCCCCCAAGGCAGUGGAGUAGCUGCCAAGACCCAUUCCUGAAGGCAGUGGAGUAGCUGCCAAGACCCUUUCCUGGAGGCCGUGGAGUUGAUGCCAAGACCCUUUCCUGGAGGCAGUGGAGUAGCUGCCAAGACCCUUUCCUGAAGGCAGUGGAGUAUCUGCCAAGACCCUUUCCUGAAGGCAGUGGAGUUGAUGCCAAGACCCAUUCCUGAAGGAAGGGGAGUAGCUGCCAAGACCCUUUCCCCCAAGGCAGUGGAGUAGCUGCCAAGACCCAUUCCUGAAGGCAGUGGAGUAGCUGCCAAGACCCAUUCCUGGAGGCAGCGGAGUAGCUGCCAAGACCCUUUCCUGAAGGCAGUGGAGUAGCUUUCAAGACCCAUUCCUGAAGGCAGUGGAGUAGCUGCCAAGACCCAUUCCUGAAGGCCGUGGAGUUGAUGCCAAGACCCAUUCCUGAAGGCAGUGGAGUAGCUGCCAAGACCCUUUCCUGAAGGCAGCGGAGUAGCUGUCAAGACCCAUUCCUGGAGGCCGUGGAGUUGAUGCCAAGACCCUUUCCUGGAGGCAGCGGAGUAGCUGCCAAGACCCUUUCCUGAAGGCAGUGGAGUAGCUGCCAAGACCCUUUCCUGGAGGCAGCGGAGUAGCUGUCAAGACCCAUUCCUGGAGGCCGUGGAGUUGAUGCCAAGACCCUUUCCUGGAGGCAGUGGAGUAGCUGCCAAGACCCUUUCCUGAAGGCAGUGGAGUUGAUGCCAAGACCCAUUCCUGAAGGCCGUGGAGUUGAUGCCAAGACCCAUUCCUGAAGGCAGUGGAGUAGCUGCCAAGACCCUUUCCUGAAGGCAGCGGAGUAGCUGUCAAGACCCAUUCCUGGAGGCCGUGGAGUUGAUGCCAAGACCCUUUCCUGGAGGCAGCGGAGUAGCUGCCAAGACCCUUUCCUGAAGGCAGUGGAGUAGCUGCCAAGACCCUUUCCUGGAGGCAGCGGAGUAGCUGUCAAGACCCAUUCCUGGAGGCCGUGGAGUUGAUGCCGAGACCCUUUCCUGGAGGCAGUGGAGUAGCUGCCAAGACCCUUUCCUGAAGGCAGUGGAGUUGAUGCCAAGACCCAUUCCUGAAGGCCGUGGAGUUGAUGCCAAGACCCUUUCCUGAAGGCAGUGGAGUAGCUGCCAAGACCCUUUCCUGAAGGAAGUGGAGUUGAUGCCAAGACCCUUACUAAUAUAAAGGCAGUGGAGUUGAUGCAAAACCUUAGAGAGGGGAGCAAGUCAAAAUGGUAUACCAGGGGUAUGUCAAAAUGGACCAAAUAAAAUUGCAAAAUGGCAAAUAGAAAAUUAAAAACAGCCAUCCUAGCCCAUACUUUAAAUGAUUAUCAACAUCAUUAAUGCUAAAUGUGACUAUUACUAUGAUGUUACAAUGAAUGGAGAACAACACUUCUUUGAUUCACAAAUCCAUUUAUAUAUGUCAUUAACUUUUAUUCAAGGCACCUGUGUUAAAACUGUAACUUUCUUCAUUAUUGUAUUUAUUGUAUUGAUAAGAAUCUACUCUGCCCAUGUGCAGGCCAGAUUGCAAAAAUACAUGCACAGACAACUGAUGUCUUACUGUCAGAAUGGCUUCAGCACUGUGUUGGGCUGAUUGAUCCUAUACAUUUAUUACUCUCAAAAAGAAAACUCCUCAUGAAUUGUCAUGAAUUGAUUGUACAUAUGUUGUGUUGACGUGUAUUGAUUGUAUAUAUGUUGUGUUGACGUGUAUUGAUUGUACAUAUGUUGUGUUGACGUGUAUUGAUUGUACAUAUGUUGUGUUGACGUGUAUUGAUUGUACAUAUGUUGUGUUGACGUGUAUUGAUUGUACAUAUGUUGUGUUGGCGUAUAUUGAUUGUAUAUAUGUUGUGUUGACGUGUAUUGAUUGUACAUAAGUUGAAUUGACGUGUAUUGAUUGUACAUAUGUUGUGUUGACGUGUAUUGAUUGUACAUAUGUUUUGUUGACGUGUAUUGAUUGUACAUAUGUUGUGUUGACGUGUAUUGAUUGUACAUAUGUUGUGUUGACGUGUAUU